AUGUCAGCCGCCGCCAUCACCCUACCAACCCCAACAGACUUAGCAGCAGCAGCCAGACCCACAGAAUUACCAGCAGCCAUCUCGGCAGCUGCCUCUGCUAGCAUCGAUGACCGCAAGUCCGCUACGCCGCGCCUGCAAGGCUUCCUCCACGCCGUCCCCAUAAUCGCACGCGAGCGCGGCAUCUGCGGCUUUUUCUAG